AAAAAAAGAAAACGGCUCUCAGAAGGGAACCGACUCUCACCGUUCACUUACAGGAGUCGACUCAUAAAGCCGACUCGCUCGCGAACGAGACAUCGUACUUUCGAGCAACCAAGGGAAAGAAAGCAGGCGUUUCCGACGACUUGUUCUAACGUCAUUAUGAGCAGCACCAUCACAUCCAGCUUGAUCGAAUGGCAGAAGAAGAAGCUCUGCUCAUUGUUCAACCAUGCCAGCCUCAGCCUGCUGUUUAAAGCCAGUGUGCAUGGCUACAAUAUCAAUAUAUUUCACCAAAAGUGCAAUAAUCAGGGACCGACUGUUGUUGUAGCUUACAAUAAGUCUGGAUAUGUUUUUGGAGCUUUUACUAGCAAAGAUUAUGGUCAAACAGGUGGAUAUGUUGUGGAUGACAAAGCUUUUCUCUUCAGCUUUAAUGACAAAGAGGUUAAAGAAGAUCCACUCCGUGUGCUCUGUGAAAAUCCCCAGUAUGCUUUCACUGACAGUGGUCCAUACUUUGGUUCUUUAGUGUUUCUUUACAAUAGUACAGCCACUGUCUACAGUAAUCCAGCAUCUCCAUACAAUUUCGAUCCACAGAGGAUGCAUGGGAAUGACUUACAGCUGACAGAAUGCGAGGUGUACAGAGUUGAAGACUGUGGAGGACUCUUGGAGAAACCAUGGAGAAAUGUGCAGUGGAACUCUGAGAGAAGGAAGGCUCUCUUGAGCAUCAUCUCGGGCUGGAAGCCUUCUGUUAGCUCAGUUAAACAGGCUCGGAUUCUACUGGUUGGUCCUGUUGGAGCUGGGAAAUCAAGCUUCUUCAACUCAAUCAACUCUGUGUUCAAGGGUUAUGUGAGCAUCCAGGCCAACACUGGCACUGCUGGAACCAGUUUGACUACUCAGUUCCGUACCUAUUACAUAAAGCCAGGCAGCGGUGUCAGCCAUGUUCCCUUCACUAUGUGUGACUCAAUGGGUCUGGAGGAGGGUUUGAACAGCGGUCUGGAUGUAGAGGAUUUCGCCAGUAUUUUGAAGGGUCACAUUCAAGACAAGUAUCAGUUUAACCCAUCGAUGCCGAUACAGCCAGACUCCCCUCAUUUCCGUAAAUCUCCUGACUUCAAGGACAAGAUUCACUGUGUGGUGUAUGUGAUUGACACCUGCAAAGUCAAGCUCCUCUCUGACAAAAUGAUCGACAAGUUAGCGGUUUUUCGAAGGAAGACCAACCAGCUGGGUGUUCCUCAGCUGGUUCUGCUGACUAAGGUGGAUGAGGCCUGUCCCUUAGUGGCGGAAGACCUGAAAAAUGUCUACCAGAGCCACUAUAUCAACAAAAUGGUGCAGGAGGUGAGCGCUCAGCUUGGAGUCUCUCUGUCUGCUGUGAUCCCGGUGAAAAACUACUGCCAAGAACUGGAAAUAGACCCUCAAACUGACAUACUGCUUCUGAACGCUGUUGUUCAGAUACUCAGAGCUGCUGAGGGCUAUUUUGAUGAUCUUUACUGUCCAGAGGAGAAGUCUGAGUAGAAGGUUCUGGAUGUAUAUUAGUAUUAGCAAAUCGUAUCUCUUUGUUUACACACAUAUUCCUAUUGUUUUCCUUGACAAGUUAAUCUGUUUGUGUAAGGUCCAUUGACAUUUCUGCUGUUCUACUGUUUCUACAUUUCUAAUGAACAUGCAAACUAUUUGUGAUUCAAAACAUGCAACCACAUGUCUAAUAUUCAAAGCUUUAUUCUCAGUUUGAGAGAACAAUCUGUGGUUUAGAAUUGAAAUAAAGGUCUUAUUAAAGGUC